UGUGAAGUGUUUUAAAGAUUACGCAUAUUAAAGAUGUUCAGACGGACAGUUUUAUUACUAACAAUUGUUCUGACAAUUUUGCAGGGGGGCUAUGGCAAAACAUCAGGAAUUUCACAAUUCUGGUCGGACGAUAUCAAAGUGUUCGACAAAAUUUAUGGAAAGACAUCUGAUAAGGAACUAUAUGGAGUGACUCUCCCACCGAGUAUCAAGUUCGACAUAGACAGUAAAAUACCAAUUCAACACGAAGCUUCUGAAAAGAAAGAGAGAUAUCUAUCAAAUGGGAAGAACGUUCUAGAUUCAGAAUAUUAUCCUUACGAUUUAGGAGAUACUUAUGCAAAAUUAUUCUCGAAAUCGUUGUAUACCGGAAAGUCAAAACCAUCUUCUGCGUUGCAGUUCAUAAGCUUUUCAGAUUUCAAACCUAUAAGUGAAUCAACUGACCCAGAAACUUAUAGCUACCUAAAACAUCUAGAGAAAAUGAGUGAAAAGAAAAAUGAUUUAACAAAACAUUACAAAACUCACAUCGUAGCAUCAAAUUCUGAAGAAGACGAGGCUUAUAAAAGUAUUCAAGAUAUAUUAGACGCCCACGAAGCGAAUAAAAAUAGGGAUUCCAAGGAAGAUGAAAAGGAAUUUUCAAGCCCAAAAUCUAAAAAUAAGUUUAAUGACGAAAGUGCACGAUAUACGAGAAACAGAAACAGGAGUAAAGUAAGAUCAGUGAAUGGAAAUAGCAUAAAAUCUAGAUGCAUUUCUGGCAGAUGCAGGUAUACUCAAAGCUCUUUACACACUGGACCGUAUUUGCGAAAAAUACAACAUUACAGAUACUCUAGACGUUAGUUUAGGACUAAGUGUUUUUAUAGAUUAGUUAUUUAUUCGUAUCUA